CCGCAGUCUCGGCGUGUGUACGCUUGUUCUUCUUGUUGUUUCUCAAAAAGGAAUAUAGGAAGAGAGCCAGAUGAGAGCGACUGCACGCCGAUGAUCCAAUAAAUCGGCCGGUCAUCAGUUUGGUCGAUCUCCCCCGCAGCAUCAUGCGCCAACCGGUGCUGUACUUUUUCUGUUGCUUCCUCGCGUUUUGCUGUCUCUCGACGUUCCUCUCUUUCGCGGCGGCCAACGACAAUGGCCAAGUCGCCAACAGGAACCGGGGGUACGUGUUCACGGCGCCGAAGCGGCUAAUAGCCGGCGAGAAGAAGAACGUGUGUCUGUCGUUGCACAAUUUGGAGCCGCCCGUGCACGUGAGCGUCGAUCUGUUGGCCACUGCGGCGUCGUCGUCGGGUGGUAGCGCCAACGCGUCGAUCAGCACCGUCGACCGGGAGGACGAUGUACUCGCCAGCAUACAAACCACUCUCAAAACUGGGAUCGAGUCGUGUAUGGAGCUGCGCGUGACGGCCAACACAAAGUACAGCGUGGCCAGCCUCAGGCUGCGCCUGCAGCACCCGGACUACGUCGUCGAGGCCCAGAAGAGGAUCUUCAUCGAGCACGACGCGCUCGUGACUUUCGUCGAGACGGACAAGGCCAUUUACAAGCCCGGCCAGGACGUCAACCUCCGCAUCCUCAAUCUCAAGCACGACCUCAAGCCGUGGACCAAACCGGUGCGGCUGCGCGUGUUGAAACCCAACGGCUCGAGUCCGGCACCGAACGAGAAAAUCCAGGUCUGCCUGAGGAUCCGCCGUAAGGACGAGUGGCAGCGGUCCGUCGUCGAAUGCCGUAACUUCACCUCGGCCGACGCCGAUGGCUUCCUGUCCUUCAUCGUGCCCCCCCAGCACAAGAGCAUCGUUCUCCUGAGCUUCGUCGCAACUGCCGUCGACUAUCCGAACAAGUACUACGACAACAAGCGCUGGCGAGUGAGUUGA